AUGAAGAUAAUCUACUUCCCCAAGACGCCGAGCUCCCCAUGCGAUAUCGACAAAAAGAGCACCAUUGACAACUACACGCAAAGCAGUGACAGUGUCGAUACUCCACCUCAAUACAGCCUUGUCGUCAGUACAGGAAGUUCUGAAGCACUACGUAACAAUCUAGAAGCCAAAAUCAUUGGACUCUGGAAGAAAGUAUGGCUAGGCCUGUAUGAGAUUGACGUUAAUGAGCACCGCCUUCACGCCAGUCGACUUGAAGCGCUCUACCUUGGUACCGGGAUGACAGGAUAUAUGGGCAGACUUAGAGUCUUGAAAAAUCCGGACUAUGUCGGUGUGAACAACGGCAUUGCAUCUCUCAAGAUUUUCGACGGGCUAUCUAUAACAACACUCCAAUCUGUUUUGGAGAUCUUAAGGGCUUAUGAGAGCGAGAUUGACAAUUUGGAACGGCUCUAUGCUAUUUUGCGGAGAAACCAGCGAGGUCUGCGGGAGUCGACCUGGAAUGUACCGACAGAAACACUUCGACGACAAUAUUUGACUAUUGCGGAACCGAUGGAGAGAAGAAUUAAGCAGUAUGAUAUUCGGAUGGAUGUUUUGAAUCAUGAGAUGCGGGAUGAAGUCAUGUCAAUGGGCGACUGCAUUUCUCAGCCCAAAGGACAACUAGUCCUUGAGAAAAAUUUCCCUGGUUAUUGA